AUGACGUACGGUGCGGCAUGCCUUGUCUAGCAGUUGCCGAUUCAUUGUAGAGAUGGCGGUGAACGGGGCGGACGGAGCCGGGAUCAGACAAGUAGCCGCCAUGUACGAACAGCUAAAGGCCGAGUGGAAUAAGAAGAGCCCCAACCUGAGCAAGUGCGGCGAUGUGCUGGGCAAGCUGAAGCUGUCUCUCCUAGAGCAAAAUUUCUUACCGACUACAGAUGCCAAGCUGACCAAACAGCAGCUUAUCCUGGCUAGGGACGUUUUGGAGAUCGGCGCACAGUGGAGUAUUCUAAAGAAAGACAUCCCAUCAUUUGAAAGAUACAUGGCACAGCUGAAGUGUUACUACUUUGAUUACAAAGAGGAGCUUUCAGAAUCUGCAUAUAAACACCAGCUGCUCGGACUGAACCUCCUCUUCCUCUUAUCGCAGAAUAGAGUGGCCGAGUUUCACACAGAGCUGGAACGGUUACCUGCUAAAGAUAUCCAGGCCAAUGUGUACAUAAAGCACCCAGUAUCUCUAGAGCAGUACUUGAUGGAGGGAAGUUAUAACAAAGUGUUUCUGGCCAAAGGAAACAUUCCUGCAGAGAGCUACACAUUCUUCAUUGACAUCCUGCUGGACACUAUAAGGGAUGAGAUUGCAGGUUGCAUUGAGAAGGCCUAUGAGAAGAUCCUGUUCAACGAGGCAAUAAGAAUAUUAUUUUUCAACACUCCUAAGAAAAUGACAGAUUAUGCAAAGAAGCGCGGCUGGGUGUUGAGCCCAAACAACUACUACAGUUUCAGCAGCCAACAGCAGAAUCCGGAGGAGGCCACAAUCCCUUCCACAGAACUAGCCAAGCAAGUGAUCGAGUACGCCCGCCAGCUGGAGAUGAUCGUAUAAGGACAGGAAGUCAGCGCAGCCAACUUCCCACUUGUGUUCUCUCUUCUGGUCUCUCUGUUCACUCACCGGUUUUACUCGUAUUUUAUAGACAAUUUAGGUUGGGGCAGGGGAUCUUUUCUAAAAUAACGCGGAAACACCCUUCAAACAGGCCUGGCUGAUGGAGAACUUACCCUUCACCGUGACUUGAAAGCUGCCUUCAUUUGUGAGGAACCCGGUGCAGACAGGAGGAAUUAUUCUGUUUCUAUAGCGAUAACCGUGUAUUUGUUACUUUGCUCAGUAAAGGAGCCAAAA